AUGAAUUUAUAAUGUGAUACAAAUGAUUCAAACCUUGAGCAUUGGUUGACAUGGCUCUGUUGCGCACAAUAUUCUAUCUACGUUUGUGAUAUGUUACUCUCAAAGCACCAGCCAAACUAUGGCGCCAAUGACAUCAAUGUCUUUUGAGGUUGCAUUUCCAGUAUGAGAUGUUGAGCCUUGGGUGGUCAGAGUGAGUGCUGCAGACGCUUAAAUUGACAAAUAAAAAAUAUAAAAAAAAUGAUGUCAUGUUUGAAUUGACACCACAAAAUGCAAAACAGGCGACAGUACUACUACAUCUAAAAAAAAAUUUUUUUGGUCAACUUGGAAGAUAAAAUAUACUCAGGCGUGGCUCCCAACCUAUCCUAGGGCUAUGCAAUUUAUUUUAUCGCACCAAAAACUUAAAAAAAAACCAAACCACCGUCGAUUGAUGAUAGGCUGUGUGCUUUUGUGUUGAGAAAUCCUCUGAUUACAAACAUGAUACAAAAUACUAGAAAUAUACGUCUUAGCGGUACAUGAAAGGUGAGAGACGAGUUUACAUAAUAAUGAGGUUGUGUACCAUUGUAAAUUUAUAAAUAAGAAAUUAUCUCUGGUAAUAAAGGAAACUUACCAACUUUCUGCAAAGUAUCCCUGUUUUGGACCCCUGCUGCUUGUUAACGGUACAAACGUAGAUUUUGAUCGACUCUAAUACCAUGAGGUGUUUGAUUAACUCUCUCUCUUUUUUCCACAUGGAAGAAUUCCUUUUCCUCCGAAGCAUCUUUGGCAUUAGUGUCGUAUCGUUGAAUAAUUCAUGGAGAUCGAAGAGAAGAGGCGAAAUCAUUGCGCAGGGAUGAACGAAAUGAUGAAGGGUGUGUGCCGCACGUUUAAUAUGCGUGUAAGGAACAACAACAAAAAGGACAUGCAUAUUAGUAUGUAUAAUUGUAGAUAAGACGACGAGAUGUCGAAAAAAUAAACUGAAGGGGCAAAACAUACGAUCGUAUUGAGAAAAUUCCUCAACCAGGAUAAUAAACAGAGGACAUACAAUGAAAAUUCGGUCGUCAUGAUUAUCAAGUCUUUAGUUUUACCGUUAACGGAGUAGCUUUGGUAUCCUCUUUUUGGCGAAGGUCAAAACGUUCUUUGCAUAUUGAUGAUAAUCGGUCGUCUCUCUUUGUGGUAUAGGAAAGCGAUGGAGAACAAAGGUCAACCGUAUGAAGUGAUGUUGGAGAAUAGUACUGGCUUCAACAACCCAAACAACAUUAAAUAUCUUUCUGACUUGAUGGGUCUCGGUCAAGAAAACCAUUCGAAUAUGGUUGGUUUAAGAGAAAAAUUCCUACCUAAUGAAUAUGCGUCUGAAUUAAGGCAGGCGCAGGCUAGUAAGUGGGCGUUCCGAAGUGUGGCCGAAGGUAUAGAUCAUUUCAAGGUCGGCCGCCAUACGGAGGCUUUCCAGUGUCUCAACAAAGCACUUACUGUAGAUCCACGAAACGUCGAAGGACUAGUGGCCCGUGGAGCAUUAUUCGCCAACAGCGGCAGUUUCAAGAAAGCGAUCGAGGAUUUCGAGACAGCGUUGAAGUUGAAUCAAACCCACGCGAACGCCCGCAAAUAUAUGGCAGAAACGCUCGUUGCCUUGGGACGAAGCUACGAAGACGAGAAGAAGUACGAGGACGCGCAAAAAGCGUACGAGAACUGUUUGGCUAUCGCCCCGUAUCACGAAGAUGCUAGGAUCUCCAUCGAGUACAUUAAGUCCAAGACCCUGACGUCCUCUUUGAAUCCUCUGGACACGUUCAAAAGUUUCGAAAAUGAAAACGAUGUCGGUGAAAAUAAAAAGGAGAAGAAGAAACGCAAGAAGGAGAGGAAAUCGCGAUCGAAGAAGAGACAAAGGUGGAGUUCGAGUUCUAGUUCGUCGUCAAGCGGAUCCUCGAGUUCCUCGAGCUCGGAGUCCAGCAGUUCCUCUUCGUCCGGAAGCUCGCGGUCGGCGUCCCGAUCGCCUAGUCGCAAACGGAAACACAAGAAAGAUCAUCGUGGUUCGCUUUCGCCUCUCAGCAAACGUAUGGCUCAAUACAACAAUCCUCCAGCUGCUACAACUGCCGCGCAUGACGUCAUAGCACCAGUAGCCUACAGCUCGAAUGCUCGCGAUAAGAUGGACGACUACGAGAUAAAAGUGCGGAAAUUUUUAGAACAAACCAAGGACGACUCCGAUUAUGAAGAUAAGGUAAGAAAGUUUUUGGAAGAAACAGCUAGAUGGAAGAGGGAAAGAGAGAAGGAAAAGAAACAUUCGGAAAGUGAGAAAAUGAAGAAAAAGAAGAAAAAGGAUAAGAAAGGAAAGGACAAGGAGAAGGAAGAUAAGAAAAGUCGCAAGAAGAAGAAGAAAGAGGAGCGAAAGAAACGUAAAAAUAAGGACAAACUUGAACGGGAUUUAGAAGCACUGAAAAAGUCUUCGUUGCCGGACUUGGAACAAUUGGAGUCAAAACUGAAUGCGUAUUAUGCGAAAGUUGAAAAAGAGACCGCUGUCUUGAAAAGGUAUGUAGCACAGUAUAAUGACAUAGCUUCCCCUCUUAGCAACGCGGAGAAGCUCGCUGAGAGUUCACGAAGGGAGGAGGAGCUGCGCAGAGAGAGGGAAAGGGAGAGAGAUGAAGCUUCGAAAGCGUAUCACGAACGGGAAUCUAGAAUGCCGAUGACCGCGCAGCAACGCAAAGAAAUACAAAGGAAACCGUUAACGGACAUAUUUGAGCAGGAAUCUCAGUUAAUUCAUCCCGAGCCAAAGUUACCAACUCUGGAUACAGCCGCGUUAAAUGCAAAAUGGAAAGCUGCACAGGCCGCUAGGCAAAAGGAUAUUAUUCCGCAAAAAUGGCAAGACGUAUCUAUGGAAAGUAAAAAAAUGCAACCGAACGUAGACAGCGAAGAAGACGACGAUAACGAGCUAGAAGAGAAGUUGCAGCGCGCUGCCCUUGAGAAAUCGAUGAACAUCCGGAAACAAAUGCAACGAGAACUCGCAGAAAAGAGAGCGGCAGCUGCUCAGCCUAUGUCUGCGCCGACUCCACCGCCGUUGCCCAAAGAGCCACCGAUUCCUAAACAGGCGCCAGUCAAAUAUCCCACGCCACAACCACAGAAUAAGUUCCAAUCAUACAAGGACCCUUCGUUAUCCACAGCGCAAGCAGUACCUAGUAAAUUCAGUUCUAGUAACAAUCUCGGUGGCAAAUUCCAGCCAAUCGGGCAAAGUAACAGCGGCGCUGGUCAUCCACCGGAACCGCCGCGACCGCCUCCACCAACGAAGAGUCAGAACCAGGCCAAAGGACCUAGAACGGAUUCUGACAGCGAAGCGGAACGGCAGCACAGACAGACGCCGAAGAAACGCGAGUCGUCUGGCAGAGGAGCAGUGACCAAACGAAUGAGCAGGGACCGUCCGGCGAAACGUUCGCGCAGCAGAUCUCGCAGUGCAUCUAGUUCAGGCUCAUCGAGAUCACGGUCGCCUAGGAGAAGUCGUUCGCGAUCGUACUCGAAUCGACGAUCCGGCAGUUACGAGAGGAAAUACAGCCGUUCUCCGUCAGGCACUUACAGUAGGUCACGCUCUAGGUCACGCUCCAGAUCGUACACUAGGAGUCGCAGUCGCAGCAGGUCUGGGGACAGGAGUUACUAUCGCAAGAGGCAGUUCCGGCCGUACAACAACCGCGGCACUUAUUACAAGCCGCGUUUCCAGGGCUUCAACAAUCCGAAUCAUCGUGGCGGCGGUAACAACUUCCAGAAUCGUAAUCGGUUUUACAACAAUCAGCACAACAAUCGGUUUGGCAACAGACGCGGCGGUGGCUUCAACAAUCGCGGCGGCGGACGCGGACGCGGCGGUAAUCGUGGCGGCAGAUUCUUCCACGGUAAGCAGGGCUUCCGCGACUUCCGGGACAGACGAGACUUCCGUGACCGUCGCGCCGCCUCUCGCGAUCGAUACAGCGAUCGUAGUUACUCUCCCGACCCGAUGAGAAAGGUCGACGAAGCGAAAGAGAAGAUCAACAAAAUGCUCGAGGGUGGCGACGACGUGAUGGAGCACCAGCAGAGUGGCGGAGGAUCGAACGUUCCUCCUAGCAAGAGGCAAGAUGGACCUUUGAGCGAGGGCGAAGAAAGGGAUGACGAUGACUACGAGAGGUGGGGAGAGGGCGAGGGGGGCGACACAGCUAACAAGAAUGAGGAGGUUGGACCUGCCAGCGAUAACCUGGACGGCAAGGAGUACUUCAUUGAGCGCAUGAAGCAGCGAAGCAAGAAUGUUUUAAUGCAGAGAGCCCUUGCCGCUAAGAUUUGGUAGAAAGCCCCGUCGCCGCUGCUGCUUCGAUUCUUCUCCUUCGUCUGUGAUAUAAUUACACUUUUCCUCGGCGUUAGACAUCGACCGGAUCACGUGAGGCAUAGACUUCUUAAUAUUGUUGUACCGAACGAUUUUACUCGGUACAUUUAAACGAAAAAAGAGAAAACUAAUGUCAAGAAGGGGAUAUCGUAGAGAAGUGUGAUGUAAACCCGGUUGCUAUGACGAUCUAGAGAAAUGACAGCUUAUUUGCUUUCACAUUUUAGCUUCUAUCAGGCACAAGCGAAUGUAUGAUAGUUUUACACCGACGAGGAUCACAAGUUAGCGAACCGUUUCACUCGAUCGUCAUAACCGUGCAACGAAUAUCUACGUACGUGGUAAAUAUUCGUAGUAAAAGAAAUGCGUGUAAUCGAGUUUCUCGUGCGGAUCGAACGUGUAGCGUGUUUGUUUCACGCGAAAACGAGUACUCUCGAGAACUCCCCAUUAACGUUUUCUUCUUUCUUUAUCAUUAGCGAAAAUAAUUUUACAUGUAUUUCGACUCUAGUACUUACUUUCGCAUCGUAGCGUCGGGAUUUUUUUUUCUUCUUUUUCUGUUUUUUUUUUUUUGCUUUUUUUUUGUUGCUUUUAACGGAACAGUCGCGUAAGUAUUAAG